AUGUCCGCCAAAACCUUCACCCUCGAGCAAGUCGCCGAGCACAAGUCAGACUCGUCGGCCUGGGUCAUCGUCAAGGGCAAGGUCUACGACGUCACGUCUUUCUUGGAUGACCAUCCAGGUGGCAAGAAGGUCCUCUUGAAGAACUGCGGAAAGGACGCGACGAAGCAGUUUGAGCAGUUCCAUUCCGACAAGGUUUUGGACAAAUAUGGGCCCAAGCUAUAUAUCGGUGAUGUGAAGACUGCCGCCAAGCUGUAG